AUGAGGAACAGACUGGCAAGACAAUGUCUAGGAGAGAUUCUGGGCACCUUUGUCCUUCUGCUGUUCGGCUGUGCUGCUGCUGCCCAAGUGAAGACCAGCAGGCAGGCGAAAGGCCAGUACCUGUCUGUCAACAUGAGCUUCGCCGUGGGCGUCAUGUCUGCCAUGUAUCUGUGCCUGGGUGUGUCAGGAGCUCAUCUGAACCCUGCUGUUUCUCUCAGUUUCUGUGUGUUAGGUCACCUUCCCUGGCGGAAGCUUCUGCCAUAUUCUCUGUCUCAGGUGCUGGGUGCCUAUUUGGCUUCUGCAGUUGUCUACGUCAUGUACUACGAUGCCAUAAUGGAGUACAGUGGUGGCGUGCUCACUUCGGUUGGCCCCAAUGAAACGGCCUCCAUCUUCGCCACUCACCCUGCGGAAGGACUUUCUCUGCAAACCAAAUUCUUUGACCAGGUGGUUGGUACUGCUGCACUUCUGCUGUGUAUCCUCCCUCUGAAUGACAAGAGGAACAAGCCUGUCCCUGCCGCGCUGCUCCCACCCAUCGUAGCCACCGUCAUCCUGGGAAUAGCCAUGUCCAUGUCGUACAACUGUGGGGGAGCAAUCAACCCCGCCCGGGACCUGGGGCCACGCCUCUUCAUGCUCACAGCAGGCUGGGGCACCGAGGUGUUCACGUGA